AUGUGGUUCGUGCUUUUACUAGCGGCUUUCAUAAUAUGGAUAUUUUAUCGACUCUUUAAAUUUUGGAUUAUCGAUCCAUGGCUCAUUCAUCGUGAUCUAUGGGCUCAAGGUAUUCCGGGACGGCAUAUUCCAAUAGUAGGCGAAAUAUUGCACGUUCGUAAAAGUAUUCUUGCCGAAAACCCACUUGAACAUAGCACAGUUUUGGCGGCACAAUUCGGUAACUAUUAUCGUGUUUCGUUUGGUCCCGUUGCUCGUUUAGAUACAUUUGAUCCAGCCUUGAUUAAUGGUGUUCUCAAAACCAAUGCUCGCGCUUACCACAAAGCAUACAUCAUGCGACUAGUUCUAGGAGUAUUAUUAGGAAGAAAUAAUCUUUUAAUGGCCGAAGAUGAAAUCCAUGCUCAACAUCGUCGAUUGAUAGCACCUGUAUUUCAACAUCAAAAUUUAAACUCUAUGAUAUCUCUCAUGGUUGACAUUACAUUGGAUCAUAUUCAAAAAUGGUCGGCUGCUGCUAUUGUUGCUCAUCAUGAUAACAAAUCACUAACUCUCAAUAUGCAUGAGAAGAUGGCACGGUUGACAUUAGAUAUUGUUACAGGCUGUGUAUUUGGUACGGAGAUAAUCUCUGAUGAAAAUGUGCACGAAACAAUUUAUCGAGCUGUAACAGAAUCACUUGAAUUAAUGGAAAAACGUUUGUAUAAUAUGAUUGCUAUCAUUCCAAUUAUCAAUCGUCUUCCAUUGUCAAGCAAACGACGUAUUGAUAAAUGUAUUUCUGAAGGAAAAAACAUUAUUCGACGAAUCGUCGACGACCGACCUCGCUCCUGUGUCGGACAAAAUUUUGCUAUGUUAGAAGCUAAAAUAAUGUUAGCACUGAUGAUUCGACGAUUUCGUUUCGAACUUGAGCCGGGUCAAAAGCUUGUGCCAGAAAUUGUCGUCACUAUGAGACCAAAGUAUGGUAUGUGGAUGCGAGUUUCGCCUCGGUAA